AUGCAGUUAACCCCCACUACCUCCCUCUUCCUCCCGCACGCUCGUGCCCCACCUCCCCCACCCGCAACCCGCGAGCUCACUCGAGCCGCCGCCCACCUUCUCCGGCGCGGCGAACCCGAGCCGCCCCCCACCCUGCCCACCUUCCUCCUCGGCCACCUACCCCGCCACCCGACCAACCUCGAGUGCCGCCGCCUCCCAUCCUCCCUGGUCUGGCCAGCGCGCCGCCGCCUCCCAUCCUCCCUGGUCCGGCUAGCGCGCCGCUGCCCACGCGCCACGGCUGGUGCCGCGCAGCCACCAGAAACCAACCCUUCAAGGCGCGCCCUCCACACCGCCACGCACUGCGGCGUCCAGGCAAAAAUGUGCACCGCCGUUGAUCCCCUUUUGGAUCUCGCCUGUGGCGCUCCUUCUUCCCUCAACUCCGCUAAGAUCCGGCGAUGUACCCUCGACCUGGUCUCCCAUCGACAACACCACCGCCGUGCCACGUCGCCACCUCGACUAAGCCAUGGUCAAACGCUUCAAGAUCGGUCCCGUCGGCCAUCGCUGCACCGGGACGGGAUCCCCAUCCUCUCCGCUCUCUUCUCCGUUGACGGUGAGCGGGUGAGCACCCCUUUGCCCCCACCAUCCAACCUCAUCUGCUGGCGAGCACAGCUGGUAGCCGCCACCGUAGAUCCAACCCCCGUUGUCCCCCUCCGGCUGCUUUCUUCCCCGACGGUGAGCUCACUCUUUAGCAGAAGAAAAAUCGCCCACCCUCUACUCCUCGCUGCUCUCCUCCGCAUGGCUCAAGGGAAGAUGGUUUCCGCAAUUUGGUGGGAUGCCGUGUUGCAUUAUUUUUGCAUUUCCAUCGUCAUGCAGUUUGGACAGCGAGCCUUCCUCCGUGGCGCGUGCGUGUGUGCAAUCCGCGGCGUGUGUGUGCAGUGCAACAUGUCUAAUCAUGCAGUCCGCGACCGCUGUCGUGCAGCUCAUACAAGCCCGCAAUGAAGUUUCGUGCUUGUGUUCGUGCUGUUCGAUGAACACAAGUGCACUGCAGCUCCUGGACAGUGGACUGCGGAAGGUGCGGUGUGGUUGACGCACAGUUGAAGUUUGCCUGGGUUGUCGUUGUAGUACGGCUAGGUGUCGAAAGCUGUUUUUUCGAUUUUUCACGUUUUUAGAGACUGCUGUUCAUUAUUAAAAAUGUUUUAAAAAGGUCCAUCCAGAGCACUCUAUUUUAGUAAA